GCUGUUGUUGUUGUUUGUUGUUUCCACGAAAAGGGCAUUGUUAUUUUUUAGAUAUAUCUAAAUGGAUCAAACUUGUCUUAGCCCAGAGUAUCAAAGUAUUCUUGAUAAAUUUAUCAAAUUUCGAAUUCAAUAUUGUGAUACAAAAAAAUCAUCAAAAACAAAAGAAGAAUUGAUACGUUUACAAAAAAUGGAGCUUGAUGCUACGAUUAAAAGAUUUGACCAGUUGGUGACAGCAUUUACUGAGUAUCAAAUAAAAAAUACAGCAACAAUUAAUCGUCUUGAGGGAGAGCUUCACCAAGCCAACAAGGCAAAGUUACAAUUAGAGGAAAGAUGUCAUGCAAAUGAAGCUGCAAAUAAUGAGUAUCUAAUGGGUGUCAAUCAGGCACAUCUUGAAGAAGUUAAAAGACUUGAAGAAGAUCUUGAAAUUGUUAAAUCAAAUCAAGCUUAUCAGGAAGAACAAAUGACGAAAAAAAUUCAACAGGCUAACAUGAAUAUGGAACAUACAAAAAGAAUAUAUGAAGAACAAAUUGCUGACAAAGAUAAAAAGAUUGAAGAGCUUCAAGCUAGGGUUGAACAUUUGACACAGCAAUUGACAAAAAAAGGAACACAAUUUAGUCAUCCAGCACUUCAUGAUAAUUCAAAAAUUCCAUCAACAAAAGGAAAGAAAAAAACUCCAGCUGCAACAUCUGCAUUUAAAAAUUGGCCUGAUUUAGAAGUUCAAAAAACUGGAGGAAAAAAAAAUGAUACUUUGGAGAAAGCACAAAAAAGAGCUCCAGACGAUGACACAAUUGCCAAGAGAAAAAAGAAAAAAUUGUUUACUAAUGUUGAUGCUGGAUCAUAUGAUGUUGAGUGA